AUGACGGUGCCCGCUUCUGAUGGGUAUAGAGGCACCAAGAGGCGAACAGAAGAAGAUGAAGAAGGUGGUGAUAUGUUUAAUCCAAUGAAAGGGUCAGAUGAUUCGGAAUCAGAAUCAGAAUCAGAUAGCGAUGAUGAGCUUGAAAAUGAAGAUCAAGUUGACAGCUCUCCUGCCAAAGCCGGUGUAAUUGAAAAGAUUAUUUUAAAGAACUUCAUGUGUCAUGAUUCUUUUGAGUUGAAUUUAGGUCCUCAGUUAAAUUUUAUUAUAGGUAGAAACGGAUCGGGUAAGAGUGCAAUACUAACGGGUAUUUCCAUAGGCUUAGGGGUUAAGGCUUCUGAUACCAGUAGAGGGUCAUCUAUUAAGAAUUUAAUCAAAGAUGGGAAGUCUACCGCUAGAGUGACAGUAGUCUUUCGAAACGAAGGUAUCGAAGCUUAUAAGCCAGAAGAAUAUGGAUCUAAGAUUAUUGUUGAAAGAAAAAUUCAAAGACAGGGUUCAAAUGGAUAUUUCAUUAGGUCCGAAAACCUUAAAACUAUAUCCACCAAAAAGUCUGUUUUAGAUGAAAUAUUGUAUAAGUUUAAUAUAGCUAUCGACAACCCGUUAGCGUUUUUGUCACAAGAUAAGGCAAGAGAAUUUUUAACUCUGACGACUGAUAAGGUUAAGUAUGAUUAUUUUAUGGCUGGUUCCUUAAUUAAUGAUAUUAUAGAGAAUUAUAGAAUAACAAGUGGAAAUAUCGUUGAAGUACAGAACAAGUUAAAACUUGCAAAGACACAUUUAGACGUUGCAACGAAGAAUUAUGACGAAUCUGCUUCAUUGUAUAAUAAAUUUAAGAAAUCCGAUUCCUUAAGAAAACACUUAGAGCUUAUUCACGCUAAGAUAUAUUGGUAUAAUGUUACAGUAAUAGAAAAGAAGAUUCAGAAAUACAAAGAUCAGUUACAACAAGCAAGUCACGAUAUUGAGGUGAUUGAAAAGAAAUUUGAAGAAAUUGAACAGAAAUCUAAUCAACGUGAACAAAAUGUGAAAAAAUUGGAAGAGAAAAAUAUCGCUAUCUCAAAGGAAAUUGUAGAAUCUCAGGACUCUUAUCAAGAGAUUAAAAUGACUUAUCAAAGGUUGAAAUCCGGUAUUAAUGAGGUUAUUAAUGAGAUUAAAAAGGGGGAAGAGGAUAUCGAGGGAUUUCAUAAAGAUAUCGAAAGAUGCCAAAAUAUAAUAGCCAAGGAACAACAAAGGAUCGACGAGAUUAAUGGCGGGUCGAAAGAAAAACUCAAUGAUAGUUUAAGUGAAUUGAAAGCAAAACUAGAAGAUUUAGCCCAAGAAAGGGAGAGAGUUCGAUCCGAACUAAACGAAGCUGGAAAUUAUAACGAUUCAGAAUUACUAGACUGCGAAAAAAAAGUUAAUGAAUCCAAGGAGAUAGUAUCUACUCUUCAAGAAAAGAAAAGAAGAAUCUUAGCAUCACAGAAGGAUAAAUAUUCACCGUGGGGAAAUAAUAUAACUCAUUUGCUAGCCAAUAUUAAGGCCAUAAAUCAAUGGCAUCAAGAGCCUAUCGGUCCAAUUGGAUCACUUGUCUCAGUCAAAGAAGAAUAUUCUGAUUGGCGUGACUUGAUAAAUGCCUCGAUCGGCAAGACUCUUGAUUCUUUUCUUGUUUGUGAUGAACAUGAUAGGAAAAUUUUAAGUGAUCUUUUCAAAAAAUAUCGUAUAAAUAAGAAUAUCAUUACGAGAAGGUUUGAAAGCUUUAAUUUUGAAGAUGGAAUAGCUUAUGGCCAUACCACGUUCUUAGACAUUUUAUCUAUAGAAAAUGAGAAUGUACUAUACACUCUUAUUGAUUUAAACAGUAUCGAGAAGAAUGUUAUAUGCGACGAUAGAAAUAGAGCUAGAGAUCUUGUUACCUAUCCCAAGAUCUUGAACGUUUAUUCUCUUUUGAAUAGUAAAUCAGGACAAAGAUCAAGUGGUGACAGAAAUACAUUCAAGAUUGACCCUAUUUAUUACAGACUCAAUGAACCACAUAAACUAUCUAACAAAUCUCAAUCGAGCACGAACGAUAUUAAGAAAACAGAUGAGCAAGUCGAUGAGGAAAUUGUGAAGAUACAUAAGUUAGAAAGAAGAAAACGAGAAAUAAAAAUGAAAUUACAGAACGAAAAGCAGAAUCUAGAAAAUAGAUAUGAAACGAUUCAAAAAGAAACUAGAAGGCUAAAUGACGAACUUUUCAAAAUUGAAAAUAGUCUUAACGAAAAUGGUGAUUUAUCUAAAAUUGAAGCUUUGAAGAUUCAAAUCGCGGAAGACGAAGCUCAGGCAUCUCAGAAAGAGGGUAUUUUAGAAUCAUUAAAUGAGGACUUAGAGAAGGAUCGCUCGCAGUUCAUCACGGUAAGAGAAAAUAUGAAGAAACUCAAACAAGAAAUACAAGAGCAACUACAACUACAAGAGGAUACCAAGAAGGCACUCGUUGAAUGUGAAAUUGAACGAUCGGCCAUGCUUUCGGAAACUGAGCACUAUAAAAUGACGACUUCCAAACGGCGAGAUGCAAUGGUUGUAUGUGAAACUAAGAUCUCACAGGGUAAUGAAAGGCUAGCUCCUCUUGUUUUAGAUGCAGAAAGUAAAUGCCCAAGAACUCAAGUUAAUAUAACAAACGAAGAUACCAAUGAAUCUAUUAGCACGGAAUACGAAAGGGCUCAAGAGGCAGUCAAAGAAGCCGAAAAAUCAGUUGGAAGGUCUUAUCAGGAAAUCCAACAAGAAUUAUUAACAAAUAAGGACACCAAGGAAGUCUGCGAAGAAAGAGUAAUAGACUUAGAUAAAAUUUAUCGAUCAUUAUCGGAUGAUUUGAAUAGUAGAUUUAAUUAUUUACAUACAACAAUUCUAAAGAAUAUCAACGAAGCAUCUUCUUCUUUUGAAAGAUCUUUGGCAUUAAGAGGGUUUAAAGGUGAGUUGAAGUUUGAUUUUGGCGAGAAGAGUUUAACCAUGCUAGUUCAAACCAAAGGCGACUCUAAAAAAAGAACAGUCGAAUCCUUAUCAGGUGGUGAAAAAUCAUUUACUCAAAUAGCAUUAUUAUUAGCUAUUUGGAAAGUAAUGGAUUCUAAAGUACGUGGAUUGGAUGAAUUCGAUGUUUUCAUGGACUCGGUAAAUAGAUCUAUUAGUAUCAAGCUUUUAUUAAGUGAAUUGAGAAAAUAUCCGAAGUCUCAAUCCAUUUUCAUUACUCCUCAAGAUAUUGCAGUAGUAGGUGAUUUGGACAGUAAAGAUGUGAAGAUUCAUAAAAUGAAUGACCCAAGAAGUGAUAAUUAA